AUGAGAGACAGCACAUGUGUGGGCCUAACCAGCCCUGCUAUCAAAGUUCUCCAAUUGGCAGCACAGGGAUGCAAGCACACCUACAAUGGAGUACCCAUAGGGACACACAUCUUGAGGAACCAUCGUUACUGCACGAGGAGGACCGGAGAACCCCCGUUAAUAAAUGGUUGGAUUCCUUUCAUUGGGAAGGCCUUAACUUUUAGGAAAGAUGCUUUCAAAUUCUUGAUAUCUCAGCAACGAAAAUUUGGAGAUGUUUUCACUGUACACAUUGCUGGUAGAUAUAUUACCUUUAUCAUGGACCCAUUCCAGUAUGUUUUUGUGAUCAGAAAUAGCAAGCAACUUGAAUUUUAUGAAUUUGCUGAUAAAAUGGCUUCAAGAACUUUUGGCUAUCCCUCUUUGUCAAAUUUCCCAAACCUAAAUGAAAAUCUGCAUCGAAUUUACCAAUACCUGCAAGGCAAGCCUUUGGACAUAAUUUCUGACCACAUGAUGAAAAAUCUCCAGCAUAUAUUUGAAUGGAAAUGCUCACAAGCAACAGAUUGGAAAACAGAAAAAAUGUACAAGUUCUGCAGCUUUCUAAUAUUUGAAGCCAGUUUUAUAACACUAUAUGGAAGAGAUCCUGCUGCAGAUGGCCACAAUGUUAUUAGUGAAAUCAGAGACAAAUUUACCAAGUUUGAUGCCAGCUUUCCCUAUUUAGCUGCAAACAUACCAAUUGAGUUGCUAGGAGUUACCAAGAAGGUUCGGAAGGAGCUUAUACAUCAUUUUUUACUUCAGAACAUGGCAAAAUGGAUGGGAGGGUCAGAAGUGAUCCAAGCCAGAAAAGAUACAUUAGAGAAAUAUGAACUGCUCCAAGAUUAUGAUAAAGCAGCACAUCAUUUUGCCUUCCUGUGGGCCUCUGUGGGAAACACGAUUCCAGCUACAUUCUGGGCCAUGUAUUAUCUUCUGCGGCACCCAGAAGCUCUUGCAGUGGUGCGUGACGAAAUUGACCAUUUGCUGCAGUCAACAGGUCAAAAGAAAGGGCCUGGAUAUAGCAUCUACCUCACCAGAGAACAAUUGGACAACCUGGUCUACCUAGAGAGUGCUUUAAACGAGAGUUUACGAAUGUGCUCGUCUUCCAUGAACAUUCGGAUCAGCCAAGAGGAUUAUAUUCUCAAACUGGGAGGAAAUCAGGAAGUCAGUUUGAGGAAAGGAGACUGGAUAGCUCUUUACCCUCAAAUUUUGCACAUGGACCCUGAGGUCUAUGAAGAUCCUGAGGUGUAUAAGUUUGAUCGUUAUAUAGAGAAUGGCAAGAAGAAAACCACCUUCUACAAGGGGGGAAGAAAGCUGAAAUACUUUCUGAUGCCUUUUGGCUCUGGAAUCAGCAUGUGUCCUGGCAGGUUCUUUGCAAUGAAUGAAAUGAAGCUGUUUCUGAUUUUAUUCUUGGCUCACUUUGACAUAGAACUAGUGGAAAAGAAGCCCGUAGGGCUCGACAACAGUCGUAUGGGCCUUGGUAUCCUCUUGCCGGACUCUGAUAUUGCCUUUUGUUACAAGAUAAGGUCUUUUUAGAAAAGUAAACUGCCUAUUGCAGACUUCCCACUAAUCUCACUUUUUUGCUGUUUCCUGGCUGUGUAUUUUCUUUUUAGACAUGUUUGCUUUUUCCUGUUCUGCUUUCAUCUCUCUCCUACUUCUGUAUGUUUAAGUGAAGAGAGAAUAAUGCUAAAUGUCUUAGGGCUGGAGGAUCACCUCUACAGACAUGAGAACAGAAGUGGCUGGAAAUUGAUAAGGGGGCAUGGAAGAAAGCAGCAAGUCUGAGACGUUCACCCUGCACAAUACGCUGAGCCAAUAGAAGUCAUUAGCUGCCAUUCCACACUACAUCCUCUCUGCUGAGGGGGAAGUAUCGCAAUUGGGGUAGCCAGUGCCCGCAUGCCUUUGUAACCCACAUGAACCCAAUGUGGGCCUCUGUCCUCCUCUAGUGGCUGGACCACAUGAGAGAUUUUUGUCGCCUCUGCUGCCCUGGUGCUAAUAUAUCUGGUCCUUUAACUCAGCUCGUGGAGGCUCAGUCUUUUAGAUGUAAAGGUCUUGGGUUCAAUCCCACAGACAGUUGACCCAUCUGGAGGUGCCAUUACACCUGCUCAAGGAAACAUGCUGCCCAAGGAUAAAGGGGACCUGGAGAGCAGUGUGGCAGAGAAAGGGGACUUUUUUUAUUCCUGCCAUCUCCAAGGCCCUUUCCCCUCAGCACAGCAUUCACUAGAAACUGCACAAAAUCUGUCAUGCUGGUUUCCUGGGCCCACUUUCCUCUCUGAUGGAUUUUACUCUGGGAGGGUCCAGUGUGACCUUUGAUGACCCCCAAAAUUUAAGAUGCACAGUGAGUGUUCCAUUAGCCCCCUCUUCCAUCCAGGCAUCCUUGCACUAAAGAAAAGCCUUGGAAAAAAUACUAGUGUUUUUGUUUAGAAAACCAACCUCAAUGAAGUGCUGGAUGGGGCUCCUGGGAGGCCUUGCUUAAAUUAUACCACCAAAUAGAAAGAGAGUGAAUUGCUAUCAAUAGAGCUAACUUUUAAAUUCCCAUGGAGAGUAUCUCCUCAGAUCCCUCUCAUCCCUCCCCACCCACUCCCCGCAAAAAACAUAAAGUAACCUCCACCCCAUUUCAAAUCACAUAGCAUGAACACUGUUCUACACUAUCAAUAUAGUCUGUAUAUUUUUCAGGAACAAAAAUAUAAACAAUUCCAUCAAAUGCAUUUACUAGUAAAUUGUUCACCUAGUGGUGUUGCCCCUGUCUUGCUUAUUGCUAUUUUCAUGUAAAUAGAAAAACAAAUGAAUGUGUCCUUCUGCCAUCCCCUCCCUGAGAAAUCCAACCUCUGGUACAUGGGGUUUAUCACAGGCUAAGGGUGUUGUGACUUGUAGGAGUGUCUUGUUAUCAUUCUGGCAGCAUUUCACUGGCUUAGGAGUACUUUUUGAAAUUCAACAGUUUGUUACUUAUGCAACAUGAAUCAGUAAUCUGAAUCUACUACUGUUAUAGGGCCUGAUUCAAACCCUAUUAAAGUCAGUGGGAAGCUUUUGUUGAGUUUAAUAGGGUCUGAAUCAGGCCCAUACUGUCUACUGAUUUAUCUGAGCCACAACACUACAUUAUUUCAUAUUCAAUGUGAGCCUAUUUAAAAUGACACCGUCAUCUUAAAAAUGAGACUUCGGCCUACUAGCAUUACCAGUAACCAUUUGGAGUAUUACACUUGAAAGAGAUUAGAGAAGAAAACAGAAUUGUUUGGCUUGUUUACUUUGUGCAUUUGACAUCACUUUGUAUUUGCCAGUUUCUCCUGCUGUCUUUAACACAUACACAAAAAAGAAGAAACUUUUCCAACUCUAGAAAAAUAUGAUUGCAAAACCACAAAAAUUGGCAGGGGGAUUCAAGGACAAAAGUUGCACACUAAAACUACUUUUAACUUGUUUUUAAAAAGAUGACUAAUUUUCAAGUUGAUGGUGACAUUUAAUCUGUGUUUAGAAGUAGAAUACUAUACCUACAAAUUGUGAAGUAGUCUAUAUCACUGGCUCUUGUUUGAGAUAACUUCCCGCAACUCUUUAACUCCACAUUCCUGAUGGUUCUAAAGACAGUUAAAGUGCUAGGAAUAUGGGUGAAACUCUGUCUGAGUAAGACAAUUUUUUAGAAAUCUAAAAGCGGGAUUUAUUUACAGAGAGGUGGCUUCUAAUGAAUGCCAUUUUUCCCCUAGUCUUUUAUAUAUUUCAGAGCUGUGGCCUAAAUAAUGUUGUGCUACUUAAAAGAAUAUUGCUAUUGUACAAGAAGCUAACAACUUUAGCCUCACGCAUAUCCUACAGAUUCUGGAAAUUGUCCCCACAUCAAUUACACACAAUUUCUUACUGAUACAUUCCUCCUUAAUAUACCUCCUUUGGGGCCAAAUCCUGAGCCUGCUCUUUGCCGUUCACCUUUAUGUGGUAACCCUAUACAACCAUAUAAAUGAGCUGUGGACUUAUCUUAGCGAGAGCUGAGCUAGUUGUAAGUGGGACCCGAGGGUUCUGCUUCAUAAAUAAGCUCCUCAGUACUCAUGCAGAUUGUCGGCCCCUCAUUCGCUUUUUUUCUUUCCCCAGCUGGAGACAGGGCCAGAAAGCCAGAAGUCACUUCAUGGGAGCAGUACCUGCCCUGAAGAUGUUCUCCAGCAUACAAUUAUAAUUUAUAGAAGUUAGACUGAAAGAGGUUGGAGAGCCAUGGCAGCAUAUCAAUGCUAGUUUGGGGAACCAACCUCUGCUUGGUCUCACACCAGAUUUGCAUUGGUCUCUGUAGCUGCAAAGCUAAUUUAUGCAGAGCUGUUUUAACUACAUAGAUGUGAGCAGAGACAAAUUUGUCCCAUAAACAUUUAUAGAUACAUGCCUGAGUUGUAAUUAGUGACUCGUGGAGCAGGGCCGGCUCUAGCCAUUUUGCCGCCCCAAGCAUGGCGGCACGCCACGG